CGAACGAGCUGAUGUUCACUUGAGACAGGGAUUUCCCCACCUCCGCCUGGUUGUAAAUCAUAAAUGCUUGUUGACUUCCUCCUAUUACAGUAUUAGUCGUAUGGAUAUUAGUUAUGGGCUCUAUAAUAGGAAGAUUUGUAUUGCCGCAAUCGCCAGUAGAAGAAAAUCAUCGAGUGGUUGGAAUGGAAGACCAUGGUUCAAACGUAGAUGGCAAUCAUAAAAAUGAAAUCAAGAAGUUUAUAGAUUCGUUCAAUGAAUCAAUAGUAGACUCUCACAAACUUCUGGGGAGAAAGUUUAUUGAUGUUGUGCAAAUUGAUGAUAGAGUGAUAAAGAAUGAUACAGGACAAUCUUUUAGAAUUAUGCAAUGGAAUAUCCUUGCAGAUGCUCUCUGCAAAGGCAAAGAUAAUUUUAUUAAAUGUCCACAAGAUGCAAAAUGUUGGAAUUUUCGAAAAAUGAAAAUUUUAGAAGAAAUAUUAAAAUAUUCACCAGAUAUUAUAUGUCUACAAGAAGUUGAUCAUUUCAAUGAUUUUUUCAACAUCCAAUUGAGCAAGGCGGGAUACAAAGGUGCUUUUUUACCCAAACCCUGGUCACCAUGUCUUGAUGUUCAAAAUAAUAGUGGACCUGAUGGAUGUGCAAUGUUCUUCAACCCUGAAAAAUUUGAACUGGUAGACUUCAAGGGAGUAACAUUAAAAACAUUAACAUUUUGGACGAAUCAUGUUGCCUUGUUCCAACUGCUAAAGUUCAAACAAACUGGAAACCAAAUUCUAGUUGGCACAACUCAUUUAAAAGCAAAAGCUGGAUAUGAAAAUCUUCGUUUAUCUCAAGGAAAUGAUAUUUUAAGAUAUCUCCAACCUUAUUUGAAGUCUGAUAUUCCCAUAGUGCUGUGUGGUGACUUCAAUGCAACACCAAACGAGCCUGUCUACAAAGUUAUGAGAGAAUAUAAUGACAACUCAUUUAACAGUGCAUAUACUUCACUCAGUAAUCCUCAAACUACCAAUAAUGGUUACAAUGAUAGUGAACCACCUUAUACAACUUGGUGCAUCAGGCCUAGUGGAGAAAACCCUAAAACUGUAGAUUAUGUAUUUUAUUCAAAAGGCAGAUUUAAUAUAAACAGUAUUUUAGAAUUGCCAUCUGAUGAAUCGAUUGGUCCGAAUAGACUCCCUUCGUUAAACUAUCCUUCUGAUCAUUUAUCCUUAGUUUGUGAUAUGACAUUGCGCUAUGUUAUAAAGAAGUGUACAACACUGUAAACUCAGCACCUGAUCCGAGAAUAUAAUAUUUUAUUUAUUCAUUCUGAUUAUUUGUAUAUUGUGCUCAACUCUAUGCAACCUAUGCAAUAGUCAAGGUCAAUAACUGCUCCUUACAAAUACAUUUGUUUAAGGUUUCAAAAUAAGUAACGUGGCAGCUCCUUGAUCUUUAGGGUCUAUUGUGAAUUGUUGAGGUACUUACUUGGUCGUCUGUGCAUUUACAGCACUAUAGAAGAGAACAAAAAUAGAGGAUAGAUGAGCUUGUUGUGGUGUGGUUGUUCACGUAUCUGCUUUUUGGCCAUCCUUGUAUUAGAAGCUAAAUCCCUAACUAACCAUUCCAUCAACUUCCCGCCUGAUGUUAGUUCGGGAUAAAUCGAAAUAAAGACGUUCCUCACAGCACAUGGACAGCAGAUUCAUAUUUGUUGGGAAUUUUUAUUACUCCCUCAGGGCGAAAGGUGGCAUAUCCAACUAUUUGGAAUUGUUAGGAGGAUAAAAUAAAAAUAAAAUUUAAUACAGUGCUUUCUAUUUUUAAUUGGAAGUUGUUGUUUUUGCUUCGCUGCAAUCUAUAUCAUCAGUAUUUCACUAAAAUCAGUAUGCGAUUUGCAAGUUUUCCCAAUGCAAUACGUCUUUUCAAAGAGUCUUUUGUAAUAUUUAUAUAUACUUCAUUUUCCACAGCCAGGGGUGCGGUGGCGAGCGUAUUCCUAACGGUCCGCCGAGUCUUUC